AAAAAAUACUACUCCUACUACUAUUCUUUUUCUUCUUUUAUUGCAUUUCUACUUUGUACAUUUCUCAGUUUUUCUUGCUACUACUAGAACUUCCCAAAAUAGCAUAUUCUGAGAGUUCUAGUCUAAACUGAAAAUGGGGUCUAAGUAGAAGGUUGUAAUUUGUUUAAAAAUCUAAUCUUUAGUGAAAAAUCAUUAACCCCAAAAAAGAAUACUUAAAAAAAAAAAACUUUCUUUUUCUUUUCUCUUUCAUUUUUACCAUUUUAGAUUCUAGGGGUUUUUUAUUGGGAACUGAAAAAAGGUUGUAAUUGUUUAAAAAUCUAAUCUUUAAUGAAAAAUCAUUAACCCCAAACAAGAAAUACUUUAAAAAAAAAACUUUCUUUCUCCUUUUUCUUGCAUUUUUGCUGUGUGCAUUUCUCAGUUUUUCUUGCUACUGGAAUUUCCAAAAAUAGCAUUUUCUUGAAGUUUUAGUGGAAACUGAAAAUGUGGUCUAAGUAGAACUGUUUGGUGAACAAAAAAAGGUUGUAUUUGUUUAAAAAUCUAAUUUUUAGUGAAAAUUCAUUAACCCCAAAAAGAAAUACUUUCAAAAACACUUUCUUUUUCCUUUUUCUUGCAUUUUUGUUGUGUGCAUUUCUCAGUUUUUCUUGCUACUGGAAUUUCCAAAAAUAGCAUUUUCUGGAAGUUUUAGGGGAAACUGAAAAUGGGGUCUAAGUAGAAGUGUUGGGUGAGCACAAAAAGGUUGUGACAGUUAAAAAAAAAUAAAAUCUAAUCUUUAGUGAAAAAUCAUUAACCCCAAAAAGAAAUACUUUUGAAAAAUACAUUCUUUUUCUUUUUUUUUCUUGGAUUUCUGCUCUGUAGAUUUCUCAGUUUUUUCUAAUUAUUGUAAGUUUGGAAAGUUUCAUAUUUGUGUUUAGAGUUAAAAAUAGAGUCUAAGUAGUGUGUGUGGGGUUGUUUAAAAAUCUAAUCUUUUUUACUUCUUAUGUGAUUUUGUUAAAAUGUGAAUGUAUUGUUAAAGUGAAGCUUAGAUUCCAUGGGUUCUUGCCAGAGUGUUGAAGAAGAUAGAGCAGGACAAAGACCAGGGAUUGUCCGUGGAGUGGGUUCAUAUCCUACCAAGAGAAAUCCUUUAAUUCAACCGAAGUUAAAUACACCCGAGGGACAUGACUCUAGACGAAGAAGCAGCAUUAUGGUCAUACCUGAAACUGUUGAGGACUUGCAGCAGAAUCCAGGGAUUAGUGAUCUUGAUAUCUUCAAGUAUGAAGAAAUGAAAUUGGCUAGCCAGCACUUUCGACCGGCUCAGGUUUUGGGAGAAGGUGGAUUUGGCAUUGUCUACAAAGGAGUUAUAGAUGAACAUGUCAGGCCGGGAUACGAGACUACUUAUGUUGCCAUUAAGGAGCUUGAUCCAGAAGGUCUUCAGGGUGAUAGAGAGUGGCUGGCAGAGAUGAACUAUUUGGGGCAGCUUCGACAUCCAAAUCUAGUGAAGCUGAUCGGAUAUUGCUGGGAGGAUGACCAUAGACUAUUGGUUUAUGAGUAUAUGGAAUCUGGCAGCCUUGAGAAGCACCUUUUUCCAAGAAUGUGUGCUACUCUAACAUGGUCAAGGAGAAUGAAAAUUGCUUUGGAUGCUGCAAGAGGGCUUGCUUUUCUUCAUGGAGCAGAAAUGCCAGUAAUAUAUAGGGACUUCAAGACCUCGAACAUUUUGUUAGAUGCGGAUUUUAAUGCAAAGCUUUCUGACUUUGGACUUGCAAAAGAUGGGCCAAUGGGAAGUCAGACCCAUGUAUCGACUCGUGUUAUGGGUACCUUUGGUUAUGCCGCUCCAGAAUACGUCAUGACUGGACAUUUAACAGCCAGAAGUGACGUAUAUGCUUUUGGGGUUGUUUUGCUUGAGAUGCUCAUCGGAAGGAAAGCAAUCGACAAGACUAGACCUAGCCGGGAAUACAACCUUGUAGAGUGGGCACGUCCACUUUUGCAUCAUAAUAAGAAGCUCUUCAAGAUACUCGACCCAAGACUUGAAGGGCAAUAUUCCUCUAAAACUGUUGUAAAAGUUGCCAUUCUUGCCUAUCAAUGCCUCAGUCAGAACCCGAAAGGAAGGCCUGUCAUGAGUCAAGUAGUUGAAAUUCUUGAAGCCCUUCAACCACAAGGCCUAUGACAAGAACUAAUUUGUAUUACAUAUUUACUGUAAUUUUGGAAGACACAAUGUCCUUCUGUAUCUAUUUUGAUUUCUUGUUUAUUUAGGAAUUAGUUUAGUAAUGAGACACUUAUCAUUGAUGUCAAAUAGAUUGGCAUUGUUAUAACUUUGAAGUCUUUGGAGAUCUUUAUUUCUUGAAUGAAGUCUCAUAGGGGAACCUACAAAGUUGUUUUGUGAAAUUCUAUUCUUUAGCC